UGCAGUGUGAUGCUAUGAAUGUAUGGUAUGGCUGGCGGGUUGGGAGCAAAUCACAUAUACAUAACCAAACACUCGAACACGUGGGGUAAAUAGGACUAUUAUUACUCGUCUUUGCUCUCCUGCCGCUCCUCCAUGCGUGGGUGAAGCACCUUGCAAGGUACCCGAUUUACCUGUAACGACAUCGCUGCAUUAGGAACCUUACCUGGGUGGAUAAAAAAAUGGGAGAUGAAAAGGAAACCGAGUACAUGUCUGUUGCCGUGGAGGAGCCUGGGAAAAAGACAGCCAACAGCACAAACUCAAGAGGCAAACCUACAUCGAUUAGGGCUCAUGGUGUUAAGUGUGUGAAAAAGCGCACCACCCUGGAAAAAUUCCUCCUCUUCCUUCUCCUCAUCGUUCUCUUCUUCGUUCUCCUUCUCAUCAUCGUUCUCGUGACAAAGAGCAGAAAAGGGUCAAACUUAUGUCUCUCUAUAGACUGCGUAGCAGCAGCGGGGGCGCUGAUAGAAAAUAUGGAUUUCGAGGCAGAUCCUUGUCAAGAUUUUUACCAGUACUCAUGCGGGGGAUGGAUGAAGAAAACAACUAUACCGGAGGAGGAGAACCAGGUGACAGUACUAGGACAACAGCAAGAUAAACUGCUAGUCUUAACAAGAGGUUUAUUGGAACCGUCCAUACUAUGCUGGGAUGCUGUGGCUGAAGUUAGAGGCCGGUAA